UUCCUAUGGGCGUGAGGGAAAUCGCGCACGCCAUCCGGGGAAGGGGACCAGGAAAUUACUUGUUUUUGAAACAGCAGCAGGCUCUGCGGAAUGGCUCUGUGAAGCUCGGAGCCCAGGGCAGGGAGGCACCGGCAGGAGGGACGCUGAGCUUGGAGGCAGCUGCCUGAGCCUCGCAAUGAGUCCUGUUCGGCUCUUUCUUCAGCCGUGAGGCCUUCGAGGCGGCCGAAGGGCAGAUGGCCUCCUAGUGGAAACCGGGAAGCGUUGAGGCGUCUGGUGCAGCAGGAGCGGGUCUGGGGACUUCGGUGCUGGACAGGCAAAGCAACUCAAACUUGAAGAAAUGAAACAUCCAAGGAGAACCACACUGUGCUUCGUGAUCCUUGUGAUUUAUUCUUUCCAAGUCACAGCGACUUGGAAUAUAGAACCUACUGUUCAUCCUUUGAGUCUCCAGGAGCAUGAACUAGCAGAGGAGGAGCCACUGAGGCAGAAACGAGCGGUUGCCACAAGUCAUCCUACAGCUCAAGAAUACACUGUUGAUAUUGAGAUGAGUUUUGAAAAUGCCUCCUUCCUGGAACCUGUCAAAGCUUACCUGAACAGCCUCAGUUUCCCAAUUCAAGGCAAUGACACUGACGUCACUGCCAACAUUCUGAGCAUAGAGGUGACAACAGUCUGCAGGCCUACUGGAAAUGAAAUCUGGUGCUCCUGUGAGACAGGCUAUAGGUGGCCUCAGGAACAGUGCCUUCACAAUCUCACGUGUCAAGAGCAGGACAAUGCCCCUGCUGGGCAUCAUUGCAAUUGCCUUAAAGGACUGCCUCCCAGUGGACCUUUUUGUCAGCUCUGGAGAGACAUAACCCUGAGAAUGUCAGUCAGACUCAAUGUGGGCUUUCAAGAAGAUCUCAAGAACACUUCCUCUGCCCUCUAUAGGUCCUACAAGACUGACUUGGAAACAGCGUUCUGGAAAGGUUACAGUAUUUUACCUGGCUUCAAAUUGGUGACCGUGACAGGGUUCAGGCCCGGAAGUGUGGUUGUGGCGUAUGAAAUCAGAACUACAACGCCAUCCCCUGCAGUAAUGCACAGAGCGAAUGAGCUGGUCACACAGAACCUCAACCAGACCUACAAAAUGGACUACACUUCUUUCCAAGCAGUGAUUAGUAAUGAAACCAGAUUCUCUGUCACACCAGAAAUCAUCUUUGAAGGGGAUACGGUAACUCUGGUGUGUGAAACCGACAUUCCUUCCUCCAACGUGUCCUGGCACCACGUGGGGAAGCACUCUGACAUCCAAAACGGCAGCCGGUUCUGGGUGUACACCACCGUGCUCAACAACCUGACCUCCGUGUCACGCCUCACCGUGUUCAACAUCACUCUGGGGGACGCGGGCGAAUAUAUUUGCAAACUGACCAUAGAUAUUUUUGAAUAUGAGUCCAGAAAAAAGAUUAAUGUGACCCCCAUCCGAAUCUUUAUCCAUGGUGACACGGAGGUGACGUGUGACAACAGCCCCGUGUCUCUGAACUGCUGCAGUGAGAUCAUUGUGAACUGGAGUAGCGUGGAAUGGAAGCAGGAAGGGGAGAUAACCAUUCCAGGGAACUCUGAAGCAGACUCAGGUUCCAGCUGCAGCAGGUACACCCUCAGGGCCGAUGGGAGUCAGUGUCCCAGCGGGUCCGCCGGGAGGAAAGUCAUCUACACGUGUGAGUUCACCAGCUUCCACGGAGCCCGAGGCAGUAAAAGCAUAGAAGUGACGUUCACGUCUGUAGGACAUACAUCCAGCCACAAAGGGGAAGUGCGCGAGCACCUAAGGCAUGUGAUGGAAAUGAGUACAGUUCAGAGCACCACCGGGAUCAGCCUAGAAACACAUAAAGCCCAGGAGCAGCAAGCCAACUUAACAAUAACCCCGGACCCAAUUUCUGUUUCUGAGGGACAAAACUUUUCUAUAAAGUGCAUCAGUGAUGUGAGUAACUAUGAUGAGGUGUAUUGGAAAACUUCUGCUGGAAUUAAAAUAUACCAAAGGUUUUACACCGCAAGGAGGUAUCCUGAUAGAGCGGAGUCAGUGCUGACUGUGAGGAGCUCCACGAGGGAGUGGAACGGAACCUAUCAGUGUGUAUUUAGAUAUAUGAAUUCAUUCAGUGUCGCCACCAAAGAUGUCACUGUUCACCCGCUACCUCAAGAGCUGGACAUCAUGGUUGAUCCUUUGGAAGCUUCAAUCCCAUGCACAGGUUCCCAUCCCUUCAUGUGCUGCGUGGAGGAGGAUGAAGACUACAAAGUCACUUUCCAAGUGGACGCCCUGUCCUUUCCUGCUACAAAAGAAGUUCAUGGAAAGCAAGUGUGUUACAAAUUCAAUUUCAUGGCAAAAUCAAUAGUUUCCUGGUGCCCAAAACAUGUUGACGUGUUCUGUCACUUCACCAAUGCCGCUAAUAAUUCAGUCCGGAGUCGGUCUAUGAAGCUGAAUCUGGUGCCUGGAGAGAGCAUCACAUGUCGAGAUCCCAUAAUAGGUGUGGGGGAGCCUGGGAAAGUGAUCCCGAAGCUCUGCCGGUUCUCGAACCUGUCCAUUAGCUCUGCUAGUCCUGUUGGAGGGAUCAAGAUCUACAAAUGCGUGGGCUCCCGUUGGGAGGUGAAGAAAAGUGACUGCAUCUCUGCCCCAAUAAACAGUCUGCUCCAGUUGGCCAAGGCUUUGAGCAAGAGCCCCUCUCAGGACAAGAAGCUGCCUACAUACCUGAAGGACCUUUCUGUCAGCACAGACAAGGUGGCACAUGAAGUCAGCUCAUUUCCGGGGAACCUGGGAGCAGUUGUUAACAUCCUUGAUUUGCUCUCAACAGUUCCAAUCCAAGUGAAUUCAGAAAUGAUGAUGGACAUUCUCUCUACACUCAAUGUCAUCCUUGACAAGCCCAUUCUCAGUACGUGGAAGGUGUUACAACAGCAACAGACCAACCACAGCUCACAGCUACUAGAUUCUGUGGAGAGAUUUUCCCGAGCAUUACGGUCAAAAGAUAGCACCGUCUUGUCCAUCUUGCACACUAACGUGCAGAUGAGGGGCAUGGUAAUAAAAUCUGGCUCUCCACAACCUUACGAACAGAAGUUCAUUUUCUCAGACUCUGGCCUCUGGGGCAAUGUGGCUAUUAACGAGCGCCACGUGGAGAAUCUGCAGCCAGACACAUCUAUUGUCACCGUGGCUUUCCCAACUCUCAAAACCAUCCUCGCUCAGGAUACUCAGGGCAAGCAUUCUGCAAACAGCUUAGUGAUGACAACCACUGUCAGCCAUAAAAUAACCGCUCCAUUCAGGAUUUCAAUGGCUUUUAAGAACAACAACUUCUUAGGUGGGAAACCACAAUGUGUCUUCUGGAACUUCAGCCUCGCCAACUAUACAGGAGGGUGGGAUAGCAGUGGGUGCUAUAUGGAAGUCGAUGGGGACAGUGUCAACUGCACCUGUGACCACCUGACGUCAUUCUCCAUCCUCAUGUCUCCUGACUCCCCAGACCCUGAUUCUCUCCUGAAAGUACUGUUGGAUAUCAUUUCCUACAUUGGCUUGUGCUUUUCCAUCCUGAGCUUAGCAGCCUGUCUAGUUGUGGAAGCUGUGGUAUGGAAGUCCGUGACCAAGAAUCGGACUUCCUAUAUGCGUCACAUCUGCAUAGUGAACAUUGCAGCAUCCCUUCUGGUUGCUGACAUCUGGUUCAUUGUGGCCUCCACCAUCCGGGACCAUCACUACGUACUCAACGAGACAGCCUGUGUGGCUGCCACCUUCUUCAUCCACUUCUUCUACCUCAGCGUCUUUUUCUGGAUGCUGACUCUGGGCCUCAUGCUCUUCUACCGCCUGGUUUUCAUCCUGCAUGAUUCAAGCAAAUCCAUUCAGAAGACUAUUGCAUUUUCUCUCGGCUAUGGAUGCCCUCUUAUCAUCUCAGUCAUCACAGUGGGUGCCACUCAGCCUAGGGAAGUCUACACGAGGAAGAAUGCCUGUUGGCUCAACUGGGAGGACACCAAGGCUCUGCUGGCCUUUGUCAUCCCAGCCCUGAUCAUCGUGGUGGUGAACAUGACCAUCACCGUUGUGGUCAUCACCAAGAUCCUGAGACCUUCCAUUGGAGACAAGCCCAACAAGCAGGAGAAGAACAGCUUAUUUCAGAUCACCAAGAGCAUUGGGGUCCUCACACCACUCUUGGGGCUCACCUGGGGUUUUGGCCUCGCCACUGUGUUCGAGGGAAGCAAUGCUGUGUUCCAUAUUGUGUUUACCCUCCUCAAUGCCUUCCAGGGAUUAUUCAUUUUGCUCUUUGGAUGCCUCUGGGACCAGAAGGUACAGGAAGCUUUGCUGAAAAAGUUUUCUCUGUCAAGAUGGUCUUCACAGCACUCAAAGUCAACAUCCCUAGGUUCGUCAACACCUGUGUUUUCUAUGAGUUCUCCAAUAUCAAGAAGAUUUAACAAUUUGUUUGGUAAAACAGGAACCUACAAUGUUUCCACCCCGGAAACAACCAGCUCAUCCUUGGAAAACACGUCCAGUGCUUAUUCGUUGCUCAACUAAGAACAGGAGAAUCCAACCCAUGUGACUCUCGGGGAACAGUGACUGCGCUCCGAAAAAGAGAUCCUUUCCAAGCCCUGAGUAAUGCAUCCCUCGCAGGCUUCUGGGAGCUGAUGCCCAAGAGACUGUUCCAGUAGGGAAGAGCCUUUCUUUUGUAAAGACGGACGAAAAGUAAUUGUUCCAUUUAUUUUUGCUGCCCCACCCCCACCCACCCUUUGUGUGAUACCAAAUGUGUAUAGUAUUUAAGUGAAACUCAGUUUUCCCAAAGCCCAGCUAUCUGUCUAUAUUGUAAAAUAGAAUUUCAAAGAGACAUUCUCACUUUUCACAUGUUGGUCACAAAGAUAAGCUUUCAUUAAAAUAAUAAGUAAAAAUGCUAGUACCUAGGAAAUACUUCAGUGAAUUCAAGCAAGGAAGGAAGGAAGGAAGGAAGGAAGGAAGGGAGGGAGGAAGGAAGGGAGGAAGGAAGGAAGGGAGGAAGGAAGGAAGGGAGGGAGGGAGGAAGGGAGGGAGGGAGGAAGGGAGGGAGGGAGGGAGGGAGGGAGGGAGGGAGGGAGGAAAGGAGGAAGGAAGGGAGGGAGGGAGUGAGGGAGGAAGAAAGGGAGGAUAAAAACAACAUUAAGAGCCACAUUUUAAUAUUUCCAUGUUCAUGAUCUAAAACAAUUACUAGACAAUGCAACAUUGAGAAUUAAAAAGUGGCUCAAAAAUGCAAACUGAAAGAAAGUCAUAGGGAAAGUUUAAUUCCUCUUUGGUAUUUUCUUAGCAAAGUGGGGGGCGCAGGGAGAGAAUUAAGGGCAAAAAAUAAAGAGAAAAUUACAUCAUCAGGAUGCUUUCAAGUGGAUAAUAAUAUUGACCAGAAAUUGUAUAGAAGGAGAUAUGAUCCUACACAUCUAUUUUUUAAUAUAUUUUUUGCAUUUAAGGUUUGAGCUAAGUGGAAUGAAUAUGCAAAGAAAUUGUAAUAACCAUCCUUUAUCUGAUCCAAGCAAGUCCAACUGCUGAUUACAUUUUUAUAGUUUAUAGUUUUUUAAUAGCUUAUCAGAAAAGUCUUAUGUUUUGGUUUUGUUCCACAUCUUGAAAGCAAAAAUAAAAAAGCGUAUUUUUUAUGCAUUAAUUGCCAAAUGUGAUAUAUUGCACUGAAAACAGAUCCCAACUGUCCUAUAUUAUAUGUAUAACAGCUUCCAGGUACUUCUCUGUGCAUUAUAGACUAGAUCUUAAUAAUCUACAGCACUGUUUAUUACUGUUAUUGUUACUGUGGAUCUAUUGGGCUUUGGUGUAUUGUGUAGCUCUCUUUGUAUUAACUCUCUCAGUCUUUAAGUCUCCAGACCAAUAUACGUGUAGAGUUUUGUACAGUGUAACUUGUGUUCAUUCCAACCACUUGGAAACCUUCCGGAAAGUUCUACAGCUGGCUAGUCCAAGCUCUCACUGACACUUCCUCUUGAUGAACAGAUGGUGGAGGUUUUCCAAAGAAUUUGUUUAUUGUGAUUUGUGAGUGUGUGUGUGCCUUUCUUACAAAUACAAAUAUUUAUUAAAUUUGCAUCCAUAUUAAAGUCAACCAUGUGCUGCAGCUACAGCAACCAUGUAUUCCAACCAAAGUCAUAAUGAGUCAAUAAAACGUGGGACUCCCUGGGAAAUAGGGCCCAGGGGCUCCUCAUUCGGACCAAGGACCUGCCCACCAGAAAGAUAGGACAAAAGGGGCUGAGAAACAACAACCAUUAGUUUAUCAAGGUUCAAAAGAGUUUUCUUUUAAUAUUUUAACUCAUUAAAAAUAUCUUCCUUUUAA